CUCUGCUCCUUCUUUACAACAACAACCUUUGCCCGGACAUGCUUAUAUCCUCAGCCAAUAGAUUCUCUGUGGGGUUCAGGUCUGGUGAGUCAGUCAAGCACACCAACACCACGGUCAUUUACAAAAAGCUGCUCAGCAGAAGGAAGCAUGAAGUGUUUCAAAAUUUCUUGGUAAACGGAUGCAGUGACUUUGGUUUUCAAAAAACACAAUGGACCAACACCAGCAGAUGACAUUGUACACCAAAUCAUCACAGACUGUGGAAACUUAACAAUGGACUUCAAGCAACUUGAGCUAUGAGGUUCACCACCCUUCCUCCAGACUCUAGGACCUUGGUUUCCAAAUGAAAUACAAAACUUGCUCUCAUUUGAAAAGAGGACUUUGGACCACUGGGCAACAGUCCAGCUCCUCUUCUCCUUGGCCCAGAGAUUGAGACCUCAAACUCUCACCACCUGCUGGCAGUUUAAAACACAGUGAGUGAUCCAGUCAUUAUGCAGAUCAGAGAGAGAGACUCUACAGGUCGCAGAAACAGAGACCAGCAGAACCAGCAGCAGUGGGACAGUCGUGAUGAGGAGGCUGCGCUGAACAUGCUCUGGAGCCGCAAACGCAAGCCAGAAAUGAGAACUGGGCUGGUGGAGAGUUCUGUUGUGAUUCUGCUGCUCGGGUUCGUGUGUCUGCUUUGGACUCUGGUUCUGAUCUCAGUCCAGCCGCUCAUCAGCAGCAGCAGUCCGGGACACUUCAACGCCCUCCGGGCCAGGAAACAUUUGGAGCAGAUCACCAGUAUUGGGCCGCGGACCGUAGGAAGCACAGAGAAUGAGAUCACCACGGUCAACUACCUGCUGGAUCAGAUCGAGCAGAUCCAGUCUGAGAGUAAAACUGGACCUCACUUCAUCACGGUGGACAUCCAGCGACCCACUGGCUGCUUCCGCAUUGACAGCUUUAACAUAAGCUGCUACGACCGCAUAACCAACAUCGCUGUCAAACUCCAGCCAAAGACGGGCGCACAACAUUUCAUGCUCGCGAACUGCCACUUUGAUUCGGUGCCCAACAGCCCGGGAGCCAGUGAUGACGCUGUCAGCUGUUCUGUGAUGUUGGAGGUUUUACAUUCACUAGUGAAUCUUUCCAUGCCACUCAAACAUGGCGUCAUCUUCCUGUUCAACGGGGCCGAGGAGACCAACCUCCAGGCCAGUCACGGCUUCAUUACCCAGCAUCCCUGGGCUCAGCAGGUGCGAGCGUUUGUGAACCUGGAGGCUGCAGGUGUGGGAGGCAAAGAGUUGGUGUUUCAGACAGGUCCGGAGAACCCAUGGCUGGUCCAGGCAUACGCCCGAGCCGCCAUCUACCCAUUCGCCUCAGUGGUCGGUCAGGAAAUUUUCCAGAGCAGACUCAUUCCUUCAGACACAGACUUCCGAAUCUUCAGGGACUUUGGGAAUAUUCCUGGAAUUGAUCUUGCGUUCAUAGAAAAUGGUUUCAUCUAUCAUACUAAAUAUGACACUCCAGAGAGAAUCCACACCAACUCCAUCCAGAGAACAGGCGACAACAUCCUGUCUCUCCUUAAGCACUUGGUGAUGUCUGAAGAACUGGCGGAUUCCUCUAAGUAUCGUAGUGGUAACAUGGUGUUCUUUGACAUGCUGGGAGUGAUGCUGGUGGUGUAUCCUGCUCAUGUCGGCACCAUCAUCAACUAUUUGGUGGCCAUCGCCACAAUGAUCUACCUGGGCACGAAAUGCAUGUUGACCCGCAGAGUGGAUCAGAUCUUUCUGCCCUCCUGUGACAUGAGUGUUUUGACACGUAACAUGCUCUGUGCAGCUGGAAGGUACAUAUGUGAGCUGGUGUGUGCAACGUUCAUGCUCAUCUUGAGCUGGAUCUUCACUCUGUUGGCGGUUAUGUUUGUGGCUUUGCUUGUCAAGUUGACGGGCCACUCCAUGUUCUGGUACAGUCACUUUUACACGGCCAUCUCUCUGUACGGAUCUGUUGCUGUUGGCAUUAUCGUGCUGAUCCACACCCUGGCCAAGACCCGGUGCAGGAGCACAGGUCGUAUGGAUUUGGCCGAGCUCUUCUUUGACGUCAAUCUGCUGUUGUGGUGUUGUGUGCUGCUCUUCCUCACUUCCUGUGGCUGGUGUUCAGCAUAUGUGCCCAUGAUGAUGGUGGUGUUCCCGCUCAUCACCAAACUGCUGCUCAGUAAGCACUUCAGAGCCAGAGGAGCGACUCUGCUGUACUCUGUCCUGUAUCUGAUGGGUCUUGCUGUGCCAUACAUCCACAUCAUGUUCCUCAUCAGAGUGAUUUUUGAGGUCUUUACGCCUAUUCUGGGCCGCAACUCAAGUGAAACCUCACCCGACUUCACCAUGGCGCUACUCGUUACCAUGGCAACCAUAAUUUUGUCUUCCUAUUUUAUUCACUUCAUCUAUCUGUCCCGCAGUACGAAGUGGACCUUGGCUGUUCUGGGGUCAGUGUUCACACUAAUGCUGUUUCUGGUCUGCUGUGGUCUGUUCUUCCCGUAUUCUGCCGACCCGUCCAGCCCACGACCCAAACGCCUCUUUGUCCAGCACAUCACACGCAGGUUUCACUCGCUGAACGGAUCGCUGCAGAGCUCUGACUCGGGCUUCUGCAUCAACAGUCAGGAUUACACCGGCAUGCAGCACAUCACUCCACAUAUCCCGCAGAUCAACGACAACAUCUGCACGCGCUGCCAGGAUCAGCUGCCCUACUACGGCUUCACAAGCAAGAGCUGGUAUCUUCCGGCUCCUGAAGUCUCUCCUAAAGCUCCGCUGGAGUUCCAGCUCUUAUCCAGACAGGAGACUGAACGGGGAACCAUUAAAAUGACCUUUGAGGUCAAAGGUCCGAGUCACAUGUCUCUGUUCCUGCAUCUUCACACUGGUGCGUCUCUGAGCGGCUGGUCAUUCAGUGGCAGGACACCAGGGUCCAAUCUCAGUGGAAUGUAUUUUAUAUUUUACACUCAUGGUCUUGACGCUGCGGCCUGGAACUUCUGGUUUGAGAUCCAGCCGCCCAAGUCCUCAGAUGCAUCUCCUGAUGAGGGCUUGAUCUCUCUGGCCAUCUCUGCUCAUUAUAUCUCUGGCUCAGAUGGGCGAUCAGAGCAGCUCGAGUCCUUACUGAAGAGAUUCCCGACCUGGGUGUUCCCGGCCUCAUGGAUCAGCACAUACCACAUGUACAGAUACUGAGGGCCACUUGCUCAAGGGCCCUGAUCUCUCUCUCACACACACACACACACACACACACACACACACACACACACACACACUCACUCACUGCAGAACCAUGAACACCAUACGAAAUCUUUAUGGGUCAGCUUUCUGUUUGCCGAAAUGACUAAAAUGACACUAUUUUGAAUGGUGUUGCAGCAGAAGAAUCUUUUAUUAAGGCAGACAUGACGGAAUUUAAAAACGCUGUGACUGUGACCCAAAUAUGGAUGAGCGAAGCCAAGGGCCACAUCUCGGACAUGGAAGACAAGGUGAAGACUGAAGACAACAGCAAAUGUGCUAAACAACUUAAGCAACUUUGGGCUUGUGUUGACGACCAGGAAAAUAAAAGUAGCAGGAAGAAUAUUCGGCUUAUUGGUGUGAAAGAAGGCAUGGAAAGAGGUGGCAAUAAGUGAGGGAUUUUGUGAAGAGGAUCAUGAGGAUACAUUGAUGAUACAUUGGUUACAUCUUCUUCAGAUAUUAACAUGGCUUUCAAAAUGUUUUAUCAAGACUUGUAUACCAUGAACACCAUACAAAAUUUUUAUGGGUCAUAUUUCAACACAUAAUCAAAAAGUUCAAUUACACUUAAAUGAAAAUUAAGUCUACUUUAUACUGUUAAAAUUUUUACUUUGUAACAUAUUUUUAUUAUGAUUACAUCUUACCCCAAAUUUGCAUGUGACAUAUUUUACCAGGAAUAAUCCCACUGAGAUAUAAAUCUACACAAAACAUUCAUGUUUCCUUUAAGUAAAUUAAAAAUAAUUAAGAAGAAGAUCUGGUCCAAUAAUUGCAAGUGUAAUACAAUUUCUGAUUCUUCUUAAUAAAAUUCCAUGAUUUAAUAAAAAAAGAAAGAAAAUACAAAUUUAGGUAGCACUUUAUUUUACAGUCCUGUUCCUCAUGUACAUACUAUGUACUUAUUAUAGUAAUUACAAUAACUAUGUAAUAACUAGGUACUAACCAUGAACCUACCCCUAAACCUAACCCUACCCCAUGUAGUUACCUUGUAUUACCAGAACUUUCUUAGAUAAAUAUACUGUAAGUACACUAUAAGUACAUGUUAGUACACGUACUGUAAAAUAAAGUGCAACCAAAACUUAUUUGUAUAAUUGUCAUGAAAAUAAUGCAAAACAUUUGAAAAGUUUUGAUUUUGCUGUGAAAACAAACCACUACAUUCUUGUAGUCAUGGUGUCAUAACAUUUCGAUUAGAAGCAAGUUUACACUUGUGUUUAAUCCUCUGGUAUUUCACCUUUUAAUAUUGAUUUAUUUUUAACAGUGGAGAAUGAAGCCACACCUAAGUAAGAGUACAGAACAGAUAUCUAACUUUCAAAAUGACUUUGGUAAAAGUUAAAGCCACCAUUUAUGAUUUUACUUGACAAAAGUUUUAAAGUACAGUAUGUGAUAUUUAUUAUAUACUUAAGUAUGAAAAUUAUUUUAUUUUUUCUGUAUUAAACAUACUUAAGUAUUGAAAGUAAAUGGAAAAUGGGUAAGGAGCAAAUAACUAUUUGAAAAAAAAAUGUAUACACAGUUUGAGCAGCAAAAUUUUUCAAUUUUUAACUCUUUCUUACUUUUUGUAUCUUAGGGUUAGCAUACGAGCCACUUCAUCUGGUAAAACAUUUCUGGAAUCUGCAUCUGAAGUGGCACUUCAAUGUAUUUACUGUAAAGUUUAAUACGGCUCACAUGGAUGCAUUAAAUCUGCAGUUACAAAUGCAUAAAUAAUGCUUUGUUUUAAACAUAAAAAUGUUGAAUACUGAUAUUUGUAAUUAUUUUAAAAAAAUGAAAAGAUAGUUAAAACCUCCAUAAAUUAACCUCAAUAAAAAUAAAAAAAUGCCAGGUGGCGGUCAACUGAUUCAUCCAAAUGGAAUAAUUCAAUAACUAAGCAUUUGACUGUGUUAAUGAGUGAGACACUGAAUCAUUCAUUCAAUAAUUCAAGCUGAUUCAUUCAGUAAGUAAACACCAUCCUCUGUGUUGCUCAGAGAACCAAAACAGCACUGUGCUCUUUGUUUGGAGCAAU